AUUGAUCAAAUAUAUGUUUUUAAUAAAACAUUACUUAAUGUGGAACCCCAUUUAUGAUGUAGUUUAUCAAUGAAUGAAACAGUGUUGAGUGUGUAAACUCCUCCUCCUCCACUUCUCCUCUCCUCAGUGUCUUUAUAAGCUUCAGUCUCUCUUCUCCUCACACUCCAACCCUGCUCCCCUCUCAGCUGGACAGUAAGGGACGUUUACACCACACACUGCCAACAUGCUGGGGACCCUCUGCACUCUCAUCACUGCUCUAACAUAUGUUGAUGCAGUGAUAGUGCUGACCCAGACGCCUCCUGUCCACACAGUUUCUACAGGACAAGAGGUUGUUCUCAAAUGCAACAUUCAGAGAUAUGAUGGAAAUAGGAUCAGUUGGUAUAAACAGGUUCCUGAUGCAGCUCCUCAGUAUGUUCUCGGAUUUCACUAUUCUGGCAGUUCCCCCAGCUUUGGAUCAGGAUUCUCCUCAGACCGAUUCAACUCUAAAUCCUCAUCAAACAUAGAUUAUCAGUUUAUCAUAAAGCAGGCAGAGACAGGAGACUCUGCUCAGUAUUACUGUCAGACAUGGGAUGAUUCUGCUUCUGCAGCUGUAUUCGGACAAGGCACCAAGCUGAUUGUGACAAGCUCCAGCCUCCCUCGUCCUGUCCUGACAGUCUUCCCUCCGUCCAGUGCUGAGCUCCAGUCCAACAAAGCCUCUCUGGUCUGUCUGUCCAGUCAGUCUGGGCCUUUUGCAGAUGUGAGCUGGCUGGCUGCUGGGAGUCCAGUGAGCACUGGGAUCUCUACCAGCACCGCUGUUCAGCAACCAGACAAGACUUUCCAAAUCAGCAGCUAUCUGGCCGUCCAGACGUCAGACUGGAACAGGGGUCAGGUUUACACAUGUAGAGUGUCUUUGGGCUCCCAGACUUCAGAGAAAAACAUCCGCAAGUCAGACUGUCCCACUGAAGAACAGUAGAGGAGCAGAAUGACUGUUUAACAUCUGCUUCUUUACUCUUUGUGCUGUUUGCUCAUUACAAGCUUUACAUGUUAGAAAAGAUGUCUGCAUGCUUGUAAUACAUGUUGUGACCGUUAGGUGGAGGUGUUGUAUCAGCUUUGCAAAUGAUAAAAUGUAUUCAAUAAAAAAGCAUUGUGUAAAAAAU